AUGCAGACCAAACGCUUCUUGGGCCUGAAUGGCACCAAGCUUCAGGUGGCCAUUGGGUUCCUGGCUGGCAUGGAUUUCCUUCUUUUUGGUUAUGAUCAAGGUGUCACCGGUGGUUUGUUGACACUUGACUCUUUCGUCAAAUAUUUCCCCGAGAUCAACACGUUGGAGUCGUACACGGAGGGGUGGAGCUCAGCGGCGAAGAGCAACCAGUCCACUCGGCAGGGCAUCACAGUCGCAGCCUACAACCUGGGCUGUUUUGCGGGCUCGAUUCCCACAAUUUGGAUCGGUAAUAUCUUGGGUCGUCGCAAGGCUAUCUUCAUUGGAUCGUUCAUCAUGUGUAUUGGCGCGAUCCUGCAAUGCACAUCCUAUGGCCUUGCGCAAUUCAUCGUAGGCAGAUUGGUCACUGGAUUUGGAAACGGAAUCAACACUUCCACAGUCCCUACCUGGCAGUCCGAAUGCUGCAAGUCCCACCGACGAGGCCAGAUGGUGAUGAUCGAAGGAGCCAUGAUCACCUGCGGUAUCACCAUAAGUUACUGGAUUGAUUUCGGCCUAAUGUUUGCCGACCCCAACGAGGUCGCGUGGAGGUUCCCACUCGCCUUCCAGAUCUUCUUCGCUGCAAUCAUCCUCGGCUUCGUCAUGUUCCUGCCCGAGUCUCCCCGUUGGCUCAUCCUGAAGGGCCGCGAGGAAGAGGCAAAAGAGGUCCUUGCGUGCUUGAUGGGUGACGAGACGGACGAGCUUUUUAUCGAAACCGAAUUCACCGCCAUCAAAGCCACGGUUCUAGAGAUGGCAACGGGGUCAUUCCGAGACAUGUUUACUAUGGGCGAGGACCGACACUUCCACCGUACAAUGCUGGCGUACGUCAAUCAGAUGUUCCAGCAGAUAUCUGGUAUCAACUUGAUCACCUAUUAUAUCCCGACUCUUUUGGAAAGUCAGGUUGGCUUGGAUGCGACGACUUCGCGUCUCAUCGCUGCUUGCAAUGGCACUGAGUAUUUCAUCGCGUCUUGGAUCGCUGUGUUCACCGUGGAGAAGUUUGGCCGUCGAUCACUGAUGCUGUUUGGUGCUGUCGGCAUGUCACUUUCCAUGGUGGUGCUUGCGAUAUCAGACAAUAUUUCUGCAAGCCACAAGGGGACAUCAACUGGAGUUAAAGCGGGCAUUGCCCAAACUGUCUUCCUGUUUGUGUUCAAUACUUUCUUCGCCAUUGGUUGGCUCGGAAUGACCUGGUUAUACCCUGCCGAGAUCGUCCCGUUAAAAAUCCGCGCUCCGGCAAAUGCGUUGUCCACUUCUUCCAACUGGAUUUGGAACUUCAUGGUCGUGAUGAUCACCCCAGUCGCCUUUGAAAAUAUUGGUUACAAGACCUAUGUCAUAUUCGCUGUGAUUAACGCCGCCAUCGUUCCGGUGGUCUACUUCUUCUUCCCUGAAACGACUAUGCGCUCACUCGAGGAGAUGGAUCGCAUAUUCCGCAAGACCACAAGCAUCUUUAACGUGGUCUCUCUGGCACGCUCCGAGCCUCACAUGUAUGGACCGAAUGGUGAGCUGCUCCGUACGUUGGACGACGUUGAAGACGAUGCCGUCCGUCGCGCUAGCUAUUUGAACAAAGAGAGUAAAGCGCAGCAGCAGACUCAUACUCAUCAUGCGGAGAAGUACAGUGACGGGAAUACGAGCGAGGAUAAGUGA